AACAACAACAGCCAGUCAGACACCUGUGUAGCUUUCUAGCGAACAUAGCUACAACAUUCAUGCUCUUUACACUGUUUUGGUGUAUAUUAGUUGCUGUGUAUUAAACACACUUCUGUCGUAUGUACUUGUUGGCCCAUUUAAAUAUAUAUUGACGUUGUUUGUCAGCUAGCUGGUUUGCUAAAUUAGCUUAGAACGAGGCUAGUCACUAAUGCUAACAUCUCCGACCAUGAGUUCACUAAGCUACUCUCCUGAUAAAGAAGAGGUGGUCUACUGGACGGAGAAAGAAGCUCUGGUGAAAGAGAAGGAGGAAGAGAAAGAUGUUACAAUACAAAAACAAGUAGAGGCUGUUACCGUGAAAGAAGAAGAGAAAGACGUUUCAGUGAAAGAAGAGGAAGACGCGUUCAGAGUGAAAGAGGAGGAGGAGGAUGUUACUGUAAAAAAAGAGGAGGAUGCAGUUUUUGGAGUGAAAGAGGAGGUUGGAUAUCUGUUUAACACCAGAGAGAGACGGGACUAUCGUGGAUCCUCUGGGGAGCCUCAACAACCUCUUGAUGCUGACGAGGCAGAGAAGAGUUCCUCCAGAUCAGAACACCUCAAGAAAGACCAGCAGAGACCCACAGGGAAGAUAACUCACCGCUGCUCUGAUUGUGGGAAGAGAUUCACCUCCUCAGCAGACCUCAAAAGACAUCAGAGAAUCCAUACAGGAGAGAAACCUUAUAGCUGUGCUCAAUGUGGGAAGAGUUUCACCACCUCAUCAGGCAUUAAAAUUCACCAGAGAAUCCACACAGGAGAGAAACCUUAUAGCUGUGCUCAAUGUGGGAAGAGAUUCACCACCGCAUCAGGCAUUAAAAUUCACCAGAGAAUCCACACAGGAGAGAAACCUUUUAGCUGCUCUGACUGUGGAAAGAGUUUUGGUACUUCAGGAUGUUUAAAAUCACACCAGAGAACACACACAGGAGAUAAACCUUAUAGCUGUGAUCAAUGUGGGAAUAGUUUUACUAAAGCUGGCAGUCUGACUAAACAUCAGAGAACACACACAGGAGAGAAACCUUUUAGCUGCCCUGACUGUGGAAAGAGUUUUGGUACUUCAGGAUGUUUAAAAUCACACCAGAGAACACACACAGGAGAUAAACCUUAUAGCUGUACUCAAUGUGGGAAGAGUUUUACUCAGUCAACCAGCCUAAUAUUACACCAAAGAACACACACAGGAGAAAAACCUUAUAGCUGUACUCAAUGUGGGAAGAGUUUUACUCAGUCAGGUGGCCUGAAAUCACACAAGAGAACACACACAGAAGAGACAGCUUAUGGUUGUACUCAAUGUGGGAAGAAUUUUGUAUCAAUUGGCUAUCUGAAGAGGCACCAGAGAACACACACAGGAGAUAAAUAUUUUUGCUGUGAUCAAUGUGGGAAGAGUUUUGGUACAUCUGGCUAUCUGAAGAUACACCAGAGAACACACAGGAGAGAAAUCUUAUAUGGGAAGAGGUUGGAGAGCCAGGUGUGCUAUUCUCCUUGCGGAGAUGGCGCAGGAAAAAGCGUCACGGGGAAUCCGGUGGAGAAAGGGUUUGAUGUGACUGUACAUUUGGAAGAACAGCACGACGAGAUUAUGAAGAUGGUGAGGGAAGGGAAAGAAGAAGGACCCCUGUGCCAUUACACGGUGACCAGCCUGGCAAGGAACAACUUCAGGGUGGUCACCGUAACCAUGUACAAUCCGCAUGUGAAGGAUGAAGAGGUGAGGGCCUUUCUGGGGAGAUAUAUGGACAAUGUCUCCUCAGCGAGGUACCUCAGGGACUCCCUGGGUUUCUGGAACGGAAAGAGAGGUUUCCAGGCGUUACUCAGGGAGUCCCCGAAGAGUGUGGAUGGCUACCUCCAUCCUCCGGCGAUGUUCUCCCUGGGGGCUGACAGGGGAACACUCUACUAUGCACGUCAGCCCCCGUUCUGCAGGCGUUGUAUGGCCUACGGUCAUACCCUGGCCUCGUGCAAGAACACCUGUGGCGUGAUUGCCGGCUCGUCACAGGUCAUACGCGUCUGCAGCUGGGAGAGUGGGGGAUGGGGGAGAAAAGAAAGGACGCGUGCGGAUUGUACGGAUGGCACAGGGGAAAGGACGGAGAAGGACGAAGAAGGGAAGAAGGAAGAGGCGAAAAGAAAGAGGAGAGAAGAUGGAAAGAAGGAAAAAGAAGGAGAGAUUAAAAAAGGUGGAAGAACGUGGAGGAGCAGAGAAGAGGGAGAAGGGGACAGUGGUACGAGAAGGAGUGGAAGAGGGAACGGGGACAGUGAUGGAGAAGGAGGGAGGAGUGGAGGUGGGGGUGGGAGGGGGGGAGAUGGGGGGAAGGAGUGGGGGGACAGCCUGCCAGGCUUCCUCGAGGUCGAAAUGAGGGAUUUGGUGGAGGAGUUAGCGGGGAUGGGACAUUGUGUCUCCCCGCUACCUCCUUCACCAAAGAAGAAAGGGAUGAAGAGGGGGAGCUUGGCAGGAAGAGAUGGGGUCCCCUACAUGCAGCCCCGAGGCAAACAGGGAGGGGGGAUGGUGGGUGGGGAGGGAGGACCCAACACACUGCCUGGGUCAUGGGUUGGGAUGGAGGACGGGGGGGCGUCAGGAGAGGAGAGGACGUCCCCGCCGGUGGAGAUGGACCAGGGGAGCAUCGGGCUUGACGGCCUCCGGUCCAUGUGCGAAGGGGUGUUAGAGUGGUGGGAUGUAGUUAAGGCAGGGAUACCCCUCUCGGCCCUCCUCUUCGUACUGUACAUGAAGCCUCUGGGGGCUGCCAUUAGGGCAGACACAGGGGUGGAGGGCUUGUUGAUCCCUGGGAGGUGGGCUGCGCUAACAUCCCCGAACAUGAGCUCCCUAAACAUCUCCCCUCCUGUUAAAGAAGAGGAGGUCUGCUGGACGGAGAAAGAAGCUCUGGGGCUGAACAUUGUUGUGAAAGAGGAGAAGGAAGAGGAGGAUGUCACAGUAAAACAAGAAGUAGAGGUUGAGGAUGUUACAGUGAAAGAAGAGAAAGACGUUUCAGUGAAAGAAGAGGAAGACGCGUUCAGAGUGAAAGAAGAGGAGGAUGCCAUUUUUGGGGUGAAGAUGGAAGGGGCGAUUACUGUCACAUUGAAAGAUGAAGAGGUGGAGAUAGGAGAUCCGAUUAACAUCAGAGAGAGAAGUGACUACCGUGGGUCCUCUGGGGAGCCUCAACAAAAUCAUGAUGCUGACAUGGCAGAGAAGAGUCUCCCCAGAUCAAAACACCUCAAGAAAAAACAGCGGAAACCCACAGGGAAGAAAUCUCAUUGCUGCUCUGACUGUGGGAAACAUUGCAAGUCUUCAUCAGAACUUAAAAUACACCAGCGAGUACACACAGGAGAGAAAUCUUAUAGAUGUACUCAAUGUGGGAAGAGUUACUUAAGAUCAAAAUCACUAAAAGUACACAUGAGAAUUCACACAAGAGAAAAAGCUUAUAGCUGUGAUCAAUGUGGGAAGAGUUUCACUACAUCUAGCUAUCUGACAAUACACCAGAGAACACAUACAGGAGAGAAACCAUAUAGCUGUACUCAAUGUGGAAAGAGUUUCACUCAUUCAAGCAACCUGUUAUCACACCAGAGAAAACACACAGGAGAGAAAUCUUAUAGCUGUGAUCAAUGUGGGAAGAGUUUUACUCAGUCAAGCAACCUGGUAUCACACCAGAGAACACACACAGGAGAGAAACCUUAUACCUGUGCUCAAUGUGGGAAUAGUUUUACUACAUCUAGCCAUCUGAUUGUACACCAGAGAACACACACAGGAGAGAAACCUUACAGCUGUACUCAAUGUGGGAAGAGUUUCACUCACUUAAGCAGCCUGGUAUCACACAAGAGAAAACACACAGGAGAGAAACCUUAUAGCUGUGAUCAAUGUGGGAUGAGUUUUACUACAUCGAGCCAUCAGAUUGUACACCAGAGAACACACACAGGAGAGAAACCUUACAGCUGUACUCAAUGUGGGAAGAGUUUCACUCACUUAAGCAGCCUGGUAUCACACAAGAGAAAACACACAGGAGAGAAACCUUAUAGCUGUGAUCAAUGUGGGAUGAGUUUUUCUACAUCUAGCCAUCAGAUUGUACACCAGAGAACACACACGGGAGAGAAAUCUCAUAGCUGUGAUCAAUGUGACAAAAGAUACUCUGAUAAAAGAUCUCUGAUCAAACAUCAGAAAAUACAUACAUGAAGGAGUUGUUUCAUGAUAUCAAUGAAAUAAUGUCACAAUGUAGAAUGUUUUACACAUUGUAGUAGCAGUUUUUUAAUGAUGUCACAAUGUAUAACCCUAAACGUUUGCCCCCUGUUAAAUUGAUUUCAGCAUAAUAUGGAUAUUAGCCUCAUCAAUGGAAAUUGUUUUGUACUUUGCUCCGUUCUUCUUUCCCUCGAUCCUGACUAGUCUGCCAGUCCCUGCCACUGAAAACAUCCCCACAGCAUCAUGCUGCCACCACCAUGCUUCACCGUAGGGAUGGUGCCUGGUUUCCUUCAGAUGUGAUGCUUUGCAUUCAGGCCAAAGAGUUCAAUCUUGGUUUCAUCAGACCAGAGAAUCUUGUUUUUCAUGGUCUGAGAGGCCUUUUUUUGAACUCCAAGUGGGCUGUCAUGUGACUUUUAUUGAGGAGUGGCUUCCGGCUGGCCACUCUAUUAGAGGUCGACCGAUUAAUUGAAAUGGCUGAUUAAUUAGGGCCGAUUUCAAGUUUUCAUAACAAUCGGAAAUUGGUAUUUUUGGACACCGAUUUGGCCAAUUAUUAUUAUUUAUUUUUUUACACCUUUAUUUAAUCUUUAUUUAACUAGGCAAGUCAGUUAAGAACACAUUCUUAUUUUCAAUGACGGCCUAGGAACGGUGGGUUAACUGCGUCGUUCAGGGACAGAUUUUCACCUUGUCAGCUCGGGGGAUACAAUCUUGCAACCUUACAGUUAACUAGUCCAACGCAAUAUAACCACCUGCCUCUCGUUGCACUCCAAAAGGAGACUGCCUGUUACGCGAAUGCAGUAAGCCAAGGUAAGUUGCUAGCUAGCAUUAAACUUAUCUUAUAAAAAACAAUCACUCAAUCAUAAUCACUAGUUAACUACACAUGAUUGAUGAUAUUACUAGUUUAUCUAGCGUGGCCUGGGUUGCAUAUAAUCUGACUGAGCAUACAAGGAUACAAAUAUCUGACUGAGCAAUGGUAGGCAGCAGCAGGCUCGAAAGCAUUCAUUCAAACAGCACUUUUGUGCGUUUUGCCAGCAACUCUUUGUUGUGCGUCAAGCAUUGCACUGUUUAUGACUUCAAGCCUAUCAACUCCCGAGAUGAGGCUGGUGUAACCGAUGUGAAAUGGCUAGCUAGUUAGCGGGGUGCGCGCUAAUCGCGUUUUAAACGUCACUCACUCUGAGACUUGGAGUGGUUGUUCCCCUUGCUCUGCAUGGGUAACUUUGCUUCGAGGUUGGCUGUUGUCGUUGUGUUCCUGGUUUGAGCCCAGGGAGGAGCGAGGAGAGGGACGGAAGCUAUACUGUUACACUGGCAAUACCAAAUUGCCUAUAUGAACAUCCAAUAGUCAAUGGUUAUUGAAGUACAAAUGGUAUAGAGGGAAAUAGUCCUAUAAUUCCUAUAACUACAACCUAAAACUUCUUACCUGGGAAUAUUGAAGACUCAUGUUAAAAAGGAACCACCAACUUUCAUAUGUUCUCAUGUUCUGAGCAAGGAAUUUAAACGUUAGCUUUCUUACAUGGCACAUAUUGCACUUUUACUUUCUCCAACACUUUAUUUUUGCAUUCUUUAAACCAAAUUGAACACGUUUCAUUAUUUAUUUGAGGCUAAAUUGAUUUUAUUGAUGUAUUAUAUUAAGUUUAAAAAAGUGUUCAUUCAGUAUUGUUGUAAUUGUCAUUAUUACAAACAACUAAAAAAAUCAUCCGAUUAAUCGGUAUCGGAUUUUUUGGUCCUCCAAUAAUCGGUAUCUGCGUUGAAAAAUCAUAAAAGGUUGACCUCUACACUCUAUCAUAAGGCCUGAUUGAUAGAGUGCUGUAGAGAUGGUUGUCCUUCUAGAAUGUUGUCCCAUCUCCACAGAGGAUCUCUGGAGCUCUGUCACAGUGACCAGCGGGUUCUUGGUCACAUCCUUGAACAAGACCCUUCUCCCCUCAUUGCUAUGUUUGAAGAGUCUUGGUGGUUCCAAACAUAUUCCAUUUAAGAAUGAUGGAGGCCACUGUGUUCUUGGGGACCUUCAAUACUGCAGACAUUUUUUGAUACCCUUUCCCAGAUCUGUGCUUCGACACAAUCUUGUCUCGGAGCUCCACUGACAAUUCCUUCGACCUCAUGGCUUGGUUUUUGCUCUGACAUGCGCUUUCAACUGUGGGACCUUAUUUAGAAAGGUGUGUGCCCAAAUCAUGUCCAAUCAAUUGAAUUUACCGCAGGUGGACUCCAAUCAAGUUGUAGAAACAUCUCAAGGAUGAUCAAUGGAAACAGGAUGCACCUGAGCUCAAUUUUGAGUCUCAUAGCAAAGGGUCUGAAUACUUGUGUAAAUAAGGUAUUUCUGUUUUUCAUCAUGCGUUAUUAGGAUGUCAUUAUGGGGUAUUGUGUGUGGAUUGAUGAGGAACAUAAUACUAUUUAAUACAUUUUAGAAUAAGGCUGUAAUGUGGAAAAAGUCAAGGUGUCUGAAUAAUUUCUGAAUGUUCUGAACAUGCUGUUGGUUUACUGUUAUAAUAUAUGUUGUAUGACUACACCAAUACUGUUAAAGCAAUGAUGCAGAGAUGUAGAAAAUGCAUGGCCAACCUUGCUGCUAGAGAUCUAGCUACUGGGUGUGCAGGUUUCUGUUCCAGCCCUGCACUAUCACCUGACAUUGUGCUGAUUAUUUGGAUUAGACACUUCAACUAUUCAAUCAUGUCUUGUUUUGGAGUCAGAUGGAUGCCUAAACCCACUGCCCAUUUCCACAGGUGUUCUUUAUGACAGGAAAUAAAGGGCUGAUUCACAGUA